AUGUUCAGAAAUACUUACGAUUCCGACAACACCGUUUUCUCGCCUCAGGGACGGUUGCAUCAGGUGGAAUACGCUCUCGAGGCCGUGAAGCAGGGAUCGGCUGCCGUUGGGUUGCGCUCAAAGACGCACGCGGUUUUAUUGGCUUUGAAGCGAUCGACAGGCGAGCUUGCGUCGUACCAGCAGAAGAUGUUUCGAAUAGAUGACCAUGUUGGGAUCGCCAUCGCUGGGCUGACAUCCGAUGCGCGUGUUCUAAGUAACUUCAUGCGUCAACAGGCGAUGUCCUCCAAGAUGCUCUUCAACCGCCCUGUACCCGUUAACCGACUGGUAUCUGCCAUCGCCGACAAGGCUCAAGUUAAUACUCAAGAAUACGGACGCCGCCCAUACGGUGUUGGUUUCCUCGUUAUCGGCCAGGACAAGAGCGGCCCCCACCUCUACGAAUUCUCGCCCUCCGGGAACUCGUACGAAUACUACGCGAUGUCGAUCGGUGCUAGGAGUCAGAGCGCGAAGACGUACUUGGAGAAGCACUAUAAAAGCUUUGAAGAUGCCUCACUUGAAGACCUCGUCCGACACGGCCUGCACGCACUACGAGAGACCCUCCAACAAGACAAAGAGCUCAACGAGAACAACACCUCGAUCGGUAUCGUUGGCCCUGCAAGCCAUUUCGAGAAGAAGCCGGUCACCGGUGAAUCUUUCCGCAUCCUCGAGAACGGUUCUGUUAGGCCGUUCCUCGACACCAUGGUUGCUAAAGAGGCGGCAGACGCUCCCGCGGCUCCGGCUCCUGCUGCCCCAGCGGCACCAGCAGCACCAGCCAGUGGUGAUGAGGAUGUACAAAUGGCUGAAUAA